AUGGAGAUCAUCUGUAAUAAAAAAACGGCCAGAUCAUUUCAUGGCAUCAGAGUAUACAUACGAUCGAGUAAAUCGUUGUUAUCUACAAAAGGUGAUAUUCACACUUUCCGCUUCGAACUAGUGGGACUGAUAAAAACGUAUUUUUAUUUGAUGUCGUACAGACUAAACCUAUCAAGAAAAACUAAUAAUUUGUAUUUAUUUAUAAUAAAUAUCUUUUUAAAAUGA